GGCAAUUUACACUCAAUCAGAGCAUUGAAAUGGCCACCAUUGAAGGUCUCUACCUAUCGGAUGAACGAGAGUAAGUGCACCAGUGCUGUGAGGCUGCUGAUUGGCUGCUGAUUGUGCUUUGAUAUUUGAGUAUCCAACAUCACCCGGCGCGCCAUCGUUUUCCACGAUGCUUUCACUCGUGAAAGGCCCGUCACAGGUGGUGGAAUCGCCGGUGGUUCAGGUGUCUGGCACGCAUUCCGUUGUGAGAGUGACAAAGGGCCGUGUUAGUGCGCUGGCAUUUGUGCGUUCGUCAGACCCUAAGCAACUGAAGCUGCAAACUCUUAGAGAUGACGAUGAAUCCACCGUGGAGUCCUUGCAACACUCUACAAAGGAGCAGGAGAUUGUACCCACCAACCCGGAGAUCGUUCUCAUCUUCUUGGAUAGAUGGUUGGACGUGUUGCAGGACUACUUUGCGCUGUCCACUCUGACUAUUGAAGCGAACUACGAUAUCAUGUGUAACUUGAUGCAGGAGCUUGUGCAAGCUGGAGCACCAUAUAUCACUGACAUCAACGCGUUGAAGGAGUACGUUCCUUUCAAAUCGACUUGGUCCUCUAGGAUCUUGAGCACUACGAACCAGCUGGCGAAGAGCUAUUCGGCUCAUCAGCAGGUUGAGACCAUGAGUAAUGGCAUUCAGAGAAACGUCCCGUGGAGACGUCCUAAUGUCAAGUACACCCAAAAUGAACUCUUUGUUGAUAUCACUGAACGUAUCAACGUUGUGCUUUCACCUCGUCAUCAUAGACAAAAGAAAACUUUACUGAAAGGACAAUAUCAGCAGCAGCAGCAGCAGCAGCAGUACACCCAGGAACUCUUCACCAAAAUGGCUGUCCUCGAAGGACAAGUCGACUUCACUUCACACCUCAGUGGUGUGCCUGACGUGGUAAUCAACUUCAACUUGAACGGACAUCGUCUCGAGAAUCCAUCCUUCCACAGAUGUGUUAGACUGGAUCGAUGGUUAAACAACGGAGACACAGUCUCCUUUAUACCCCCAGAUGGUAAGUCCACCUUGAUGCAAUACACAUUGGACCUUGACCAGUAUAGCUCCUCCAAAGCACACAGAAACUAUGGUGUCGUGAUCCCUGAGUUUAGACAAGGAUUGGGAGUGAAGAAGAAUGAGUUUGAAAUCGGUGUCAAGCUUAACAUGUUGAGGAACGUGUCUAAAGUAGAUAACUUGAAGAUCACCAUCUCAACAGAAACCGGUGCUACUGUGAAGAUCCUCAGGUUGAGCCAUGGUGAUCUGCAAACAAAGUCCCAGGGCACGUUCGAAUGGGUUUUCGAUACAGAGAUGUCUCUUGGAACCAAUGCCUUACUUCGAGGCGUUGUAGAGCUGCCAGACUCCAACCCGAAAUCUAAAGAACAGGAGGACGAUGACUCUGUUCUACCUAUACCUCAUUGGCCAAAGACGAUUGCGUUGGAUUAUACGAUUAAAGGUGCUCUUCCUAGUGGAAUCCGCGUCUCUUCUGUGAAGGUCAGUGGUCUUAAUGUCAACCCAUACAAGGGUGUAAAGUACGUCACCAGCGUUGGCGACUUCGUCAUUAGAUAAUCAUUUGAAUGUUGUGUUUUUUCUCUCUUAAAGCUGGAUGAUUCCAUGAGCUUGUAACUUAGUUCAUAGCAUUCGAAGAAGGCAUCAAGGCAUAAAUUGUAUUCGUCAUAAAUUAAACAAAAGAGAACAAGAGCAACAGAUUGUCUACUUGGAUUUCAAUACUUACCUUCAGCUGAGC